GCUCCAUGUCGGAGCCAGAAAGGAGAGAAACAAGCAGAAAAGCUGCACAGUUGCACGCAGCACAAAACCACUGUCUCUGCUCUUCUCAGUUUUGCUUCUCUGAAUCGAACAAACCAAAGCCAUAUGACUCUACUGCUUUUGGCACCACCAGGUUUCAGAGUUUUAGAGAAGCAACCACUCAGCACAAACCAAACAAAGAUUGCUUUAAGCAAUCACUCAGCACCACCAGGUUUCAGAAGUUAUUUAAGGGAGAUUGGAGUACCAAAAGCAACAGAGAAAAUUCCAGGAUGGAGAUUGGAGUACCGACCAACUCGAGACAUUGCAGUGGGUUGCAGAUUCCAGGAUGCUCCAGCUGCUGCUCCGCUUCAUCAACUAGGGCGAUGACGAUGUCUAGGGACGGCUCCUGCGGGGGAGGUGACAUCGACCGCCCUUGCAUCCGUGCCUUCAAGCCGAUAAGGAGGCCGGUGGGAGAAGGUUGCAUGGUGCAGGACGGAGGGAUGGCUCUAGGGUGGGAGGAGAAGCUUGCCCGCCGGCGCUGUCCUGCUUUUUUUGUUUGAACAAGGCAAGGUGUCGGAGACGCCAAUAUUUUAUUCAGCUCAUACGCAGUGUACAGCAUGGAUUACAACACCCUGUGAUUGCAUAUGUUGAACUGCAGAGAGUAGAGGACAAGAAUUGUUCCUAU